AUGUUGCAUUUUCAAAUUUUCAUUUAUGUCUGUUUUUUUUUCUUUUUAUAUUUCUUUCUUUUUCUUAACUUUAACAUUAUAUUUUUUCCUUUCUUUAUUCUUUCUUUUUUCUAUUUUCUUUUUGAAUUUUUCUUUCAUUUUUGUUUCUUUUACUUUUUCUUAUUUCUCCUUCUGUUCGCACUGUUUUCAUCUGUUUCUGUUUUGAUCUCUCUAUUUUCUCCUUUCCCUCCCUAUUCUCUCUAUUUUUCUCUGUCUAUUCUCUCCCUCUCUCUCCCUCUCGCUCCCUCUCUCUCCCCCCUCUCUCUCUAUCUCUCUAUUCAGUAUUUUUUUUGUUCGUUUCUCUGUUUCUUCUUUUCUCACUUGAUAUACAACCAGAAGUGCCUCCCACUCCGGCUUUCUUUCUUUCUCUCACUCACUCACUCAUUCUCUUUCUCUUUCUUUGUCUCUCACUCUCUCAUCCUUUCUCUUUUUCUUUUACUCACUCACCCUUUCAUCCUUUUUCUCUUUCACUCACUACCCCAUUCUCUCUUUUUUCUCUUUGACACACUCACCCUUUCUCUCUUUCUUUCCCUUUCACCCCCUCAUUGUUUCUUUCUUUUUCACUCACACUUCUCUCUUUCUCACUCAAUCAGUUACACUUUCUCUCUCUCGCUGACUGACACUAUAUCUUUCUUUCUCUCUCAUCCGCUCAGAUUUUCCCUCUUUCUUUCUUUCCUGCACUCUUUCUCUCUCUCUCUUUCUCACUCACAUUUUCUAUCUUUCUUCCGUUUUCUCUCACUGAGAUUUUCUCUUUUUUCUUUCUCUUUCUCUCUCUCUCUCUCUCACACACACACACUUUCUAUCUUUCUUUCUCACACUCAGCCAGACUUUCUAUCUUCCUUUCUCUCUCUUUCUCUCAUUCAGACACUUUCUAUCUUUCUUUCUUUCUCUCUCUCACUCAUUCACUCUUUAUCUUUCUUUCUUUCUCUCUCACUCAUUAACUUUUUAUCGACAUCUUAUUUUUCUUUUUCUCUCUCUCUCUCUCUCUCUCUCUCUCUCUCUCUCUCAUUGAGACAUUCUCGUUUUCUUUUCUCUCAUUCAGGCUUUCUAUAUUUCUUGUUCACACUCACCCAGACAUUCUCUUUCUUUCUAUGCCUCUCACUUAGAUUUCUAUCUUUUUUCUUUAUCUCUCUCUCUCUCUCUCUUUUCUCUCUUACUCACUUUGAAUCUCUAUCUUUCUUUCUCUUACUAACUCAGACUUUCUGUCUUGAUUUCUCUCAAACUUUCUAUCAUUCUUUCUUUUUUUUUCUCUCAGACUGUCUUCAUUUCUCUUACUCAGACAUUCUAUCUACUUUCUAUCUUUCCAGCUCUCAUUCUCUCACUAACUCAGACUUUCUAUUUAUCUUUCUCUGUCACUCGCUCACUUUCUAUUUUUCUUUCUCUUUCUUUCAAUCACCCUCUUUCUUUCCUUCUCUCACUCACUCAUACAUUCUGUCUUUCUUUUUCUCACUCACUCACUCACGCUUUCUUUUUCUCCCUCUCUCACUCACAUUUUUUAUCUUUAUUUCUCUUUCUCUCGCUCAGACGUUCUAUGUUCCUUCCUCUUUCUCUCACUCACUUUCUAUCUUUUUUGUAUCUCUCACUCACUUUCUAGCUUUCUUUCUCUUCUCUCUCCUACUUUCCUUCUAUCUAUCUAUCACUUUCUUUCCCUCCCUCUCUCUCUCUUUCUGUGUCCUUCUCUAA